AUGGAAACAGCCCUAAAACUAAUAGAUAAUGGCACUUUAUCUCUUAGAAAUGCAGCUAAACAGUUUAAAAUUGACAAAACUGCUCUGUCGAGAAGACGUACUCGUUCACUUGGUAAACAGGGAAGAAAAACUUCUCUAACCAAAGAAAUGGAAGUAGACUUAAGUGAUAAGAUCAAAAUUAUGGCAAAAUGGGGGUUUGCUCUCACUAAACCAGAGAUACAAGCAAUAGUUCAAACCUAUGUACAAGAAAACCACCUUACUACCCAGUUUAAGGAAGGAAAGCCCGGGAAAGAUUGAUUUAAACAUUUUUGUAAGCGCAAUAGACUAAGUCAAAAAACGC